AGGAACUAGUGCGAGCAUACAUUCAAGAUGGCGGGUCGCGAAAGGAGCACUUCUGCCGUUGUCGACACAUUCGUAGAAAACUCGCUAUUCUUCGGGCCUCGAGUUCCAGAAGAAGUUAAGCGAAUGAUUCCGCACCUCAAGCAUAUGGAAAAGCUGCAAUUUAGGAAGGUUUUGCAAGUGAUAGUUGCUUCCCUUGAAGGCUUAGAACCAGAAGAGAAUAUCAUUGCAUCUCUGAGUACUGGCAAACUGCCGGAGGAUUCAAUCUCUGCAGUGUUCUCUGGGUUGUACACUCUCCUAACAAGUGCGCUAAGACUUCCAUUGAAAUCUCUCAAAGCUGAACAAUUCAAAGCAAAUCUAACAGAAAUAAGAAUACCACCAGAAUUCAUUCCUGAUAUAUCCAGUGUAGUCUUUGGAGAAAAGCGGCAACAAUUAGAGAAAAGAGCUCUUGAGAAUAGAUGUAGAUUGCCUAAACUAGAUGCCCUUCGCUGGAGAGUGGAUGUAGCAAUUUCAACAAGUGCAUUAAACAGAUCACUAGAGCCAUCCAUCAUGAUGGAGACCAAACUAAGUAAUGGAGAGACUCAUACUUUUGAGGUUCCAGUUACCAAGUUCCACCAGCUAAGAUACAAUGUAGCUUAUGUACUGAAAGAGAUGGAAGACGUAGAGAAGAAAAAUAUAUUGAAGAUCCAAGAUUAGAUUAUUGAAUAGCUGUGGGUUCAAUUCUAAUGCAAAUUCCCCACUUCAUAUCUUUGUAAAUCAGCUACUACUCACAGGGAAAAAGUUAGAUUGUGUUUCUUUAUUUGUAACCUGUGAAGAUAGUGUGUAGUCUAAGGUUUUGCCUUUACAAUAAUGAAAUUUUGUAGAUUUUUUUAGCAUGGAUGAAUACUAAAUUGAUUACACAAAAAUACUUGACAACCAGGAUAAAUCCCAAAAAAAGUACUACAAAAACAAUGUAUAGAUUUACAGAUAAAUUCCAACGAAAUUAUUCUAUUUUAUUGUGAAUCUUUGAAAAUGAAAAAGAAACCCCGCUCCCGGUCGGUUCCCACAUGACCAUGGUGAUGAAAUGAACAUUAUAAACGGAACUAAUGGAACAGUCGACAGGAAAAAUGGAACGGAAGCCAUUUCGUAGUAGUGAAAUUAUUCUAUUUUAUUGUGAAUCUUUGAAAAUGAAAAAGAAGGAAACACCGCUCCCGGUCGGUUCCCACAUUACCAUGGUGAUGCAAUGAACAUUUUAAACGAACUAACGGAACAGUCGACAGGAAAAAUGGAACGGAAGCCAUUUCGUAGUAGUGAAAGUCGAAAAUUAAAAAACUCAAAUCAAGACGCUUUUCGUAAAUCAGUCAAAAUCUUAAUAAAAGGAGAUGUCUCUACUGGGGUUGUUGCAUAUUUUAAUGUCAUUUAUUUUUCAUUUGUAUGCAUAAUGUGCUAAAUGUCCCUGAAUAUCACACCUGAUUGGCUUUAUGCAUUGUGAUUACCAUAACCCAUUCAAGUGUCGCGCCUCUAGGAGUGUCUAGCUCUACCGACUUCAAGCAAAAACCCUGAACACUUGCAGCCAGCUCUUUCUUGCAAUUUGCCUAUCUAGCAAGCCUGUCCAUCCUGAGCCAUGAAUAUUCUUUGGGCUAUCAUCUGGUUUCUCGUGUUAUGGUUUGUCGGGUGGCCGAUAGGUUUCUUCUGUGCCGGCUGGUACGUGUGCUUAUCUCCGUUUGAAGCUUGUAUCGACGCUCUCAAAGGUUUGACCGAGCUUCUGAUGAAAGGAGUUAUGUUGCCUCUUGAAGUCGCCAAGCACAUGGUCGAGGGCAAGUCGGGCUGGUGAUGGCGGACCACGGACAUUUUAACAAAUCUUUAUUGGCACCUAUCACCACAAGUUCUGUCACAUACAAAACGUUUUCUACAAUAUACACUACCUAUAUCCCGCAAAUAACUUCUUUUUUCUACACUAGUCAUGUAAAAAUUCAUUUUUUUACAAAUACAAGAAUGUAAAUAUAUUCCUUUCCGAUUAAAAAUUCUUAGACAGCUCA